AAGCUUGAAGUUCUGUACAUGUUUGAGAACAUAUUUGUUGGCUCCAUUCCCUUGGAGAUGGGGAAGUUGGCUUCCCUUGGCAAGCUAAGCCUUAACACAAACAAUAUAUCUGGUACCAUCCCGGAUUCCAUAUGUGACCUGAGGCGCCUCAUUAUAUUGGACCUAUACCGGAACAAUCUUUCAGGUUCAAUUCCGGAAAAUAUUGGAAGGUUGAAGUCUCUUCUUGUUCUAAACUUAUUUGAGAAUCAACUCACUGGUCCUAUUCCCAUGUCAGUUGGUAACUUGAGGAAGUUACUGGUUCUGUACAUCCGUGAUAAUAAACUCUCUGGUUCCAUUCCUCAAGUUAUAGGAGAUCCUAUGAAAUUGACUGUGCUAAGAGUUGCCAGAAACAAUUUGACUGGUCAUCUACCACAGAAUCUCUGCAAAGGUGGAAUGCUUGAAGAGUUCACAGCUAAUAGAAAUCGUCUCAUAGGUCGAAUGCCUGAAAGCUUGAGAAACUGCACGACCUUGUCUAGAAUCCGUCUAGAUGGGAACCAAUUCACUGGAAAUAUAUCUGAAGAGUUCGGUAACAACAUAACAGGUUCUAUACCACUGGAGGAACUUGGAUCACUGACUGACCUUGAGUUUCUUGACCUGUCUGAAAACAACCUGAGCCAGUCGAUUCCUAGUAGUCUGGGGAACCAUGUGAAGCUGCACUACCUGAACUUGAGCAACAAGUUGAGCCAUGAAAUCCCAAUUAUGUUGGGUGAGUUGACGCACCUGUCUGUGCUAGAUUUGAGUCACAAUUCUUUUAGUGAAGAGAUACCAAACCAGUUCUCUGAUCUGGUAAGUUUUUUGACACUGAAUCUGUCCCACAAUCUCUCCGGUGUUGUUCCCCAUAGUUUAUCUGACCUUCGUGGCUUGGAGUUCGUUGACAUAUCAUACAAUCGAUUAUGGGGUCCGAUUCCAGAAAACAAAGCAUUUGAAGAAGCUCCUGUAGAAGCGUUGCAAGGGAAUCAAGGUCUGUGUGGCAAGGCCACAAGUCUACAGCCCUGCAUCAAGACUCUUGGCAAAAAGAAGCAUGGAUCAAACAUUGGUAACAAAGUCAAGUACUUAGUAAUCCCACCUGUGGUAGGACUACUUAUACUUCUUUUCUGUGGAUUUUUUUUUCACUUGUAGAAGAAGAAAAAGAAAAUGUCAACAAACAGAUGAAGAGGCAAUGCACCCCAAAGAAUUUGAACUUCGUUCAGUGUCAAUUUUUGAAGGAAAGUUACUGUAUGAAGAAAUUGUAAAAGCAACUGAAGAUUUUAACAAUGCUGAUUGCAUCGGAAAGGGGAGCACUGGUACCGUUUACAAGGCAAAGCUUCCAUCUGAGUGAAUUGGUAGCUGUAAAGAAGCUCCACAGUUCUCACCGUGAAGGUGGGAGGGGCUAUGAGAAAGAAUUCUUAAACGAGGUGAUGGCACUAGAAGUCCUAAUGUUUUGGUACUGCUUAGCUGCUAGAGCUUGAUGCAUCUCACUGGACUGCUGUCGCAGUCACAGUCGGAUAUGUAGCACCAGAGCUUGCUUAUACAUUGAAGGUGACUGAGAAAUGUGAUGUAUACAGCUUCGGAGUGUUGGCGCUUGAAGUGAUGAAUGGGAAGUACCCUAGUGAUCUAAUCCGGUCUCUAUUAUCACCAGCUGCAAUCAGAGAAGGAAAUUUGCCUGAAGAUGUGUGGGACAACCGACUCGAACCUCCUGCCGGUAAAAUCCUGGAAGAAAUUGUUACUGUCUUAAUGCUAGCAGUCGCAUGCUUAGAUCCAAAAUCCACAGUUCAGGCCUACCAUGUAUGACGUUUCUCAGAUUAUAGCAAUGUAGAUAUCUCAAACAGACUUGGACAAGUACAAGGCUCAAUCCAUUUUCGAUUAUUCAAGGAGCAGAAUCUGAACUAGCUUCUUGUUUGUAUAUUGGCUAGGUAUGCAGCUACCAAUUAACUGAUGUAAAUCUUGGUAUAGACUCAAUUGUAUUCAACCUACUGGUAAUCUGGGAUAUAAACAUGUAGUUGUACAUGUAACAUAUAUAUCUAGCAAAGU